AUGUUGUCCACUGUACCGACCUUUUCCUUCUCUGAACCGGGUUUGGUUAAUCAAUUUUCGGGUUUCCAAACCGGGUUCACUCCUUGGGAGUGGGACUGCUCUGAUCUCUUCUCCGUGAACCAAUUGUCUCUUGAACCGGCCGUCCCUAGCCCUUGUUAUGGUGAAUCCGGCACUGGUCUCGUCAGAACUAAUUCUGGUUUUUAUGACAUCAAAACCGGUUCUGACGAAUCUUGUGCCGGUUUCACUGAAAUCAAAUCCGGUUUUGACGACGCCGACAAUUCACACGAUCUACCUUGCUCUCAGAGAGACGAACCGGACUCGAACGUCCCAAAAAAAUGGACAGACAUUGCGAAUUUCGAUUCGGGAGAGCAGAAUCAUAACCGGAAUAAAUUAAGCAAACCGGAGAUGACUGACGAGAGGAAGAGGAAGAGGAUGGAAUCGAACCGGGAAUCAGCGAGACGGUCGAGAAUGCGUAAACAGAGUCACAUUGAUAACUUACGGGACCAAGUAAACCGGCUUGAUCUGGAAAACCGUGAGCUCGGGAACCGGCUCCGGUUAGUUAUAUUCCAGCUUCAACGAGUGAACACGGACAAUAACCGGCUCGCGACGGAACAAGAGAUUCUCCGGUUAAGACUGUCGGAGAUGCGACGAAUUCUGAUUAUCAGACAACUUCAACAACAGCAACAAUGGGAACUUCAUAAUCGGAGAAUGAUUAUGACUGACCAAAACCCAUCUUCGAUCAUAUGA